UUUCAGGACAAUUUUGCUUAGCGGGGACCCGUCACCUCCCUCGGACUUGGCACCAACAGGGCAGUUCUUCGUUUUCUUUUCAAUGUGGGGCAGUGCCAGGAAUCUCAAUAUUUUUUCGCCCGCUCUUCAUUGGACAGCAGAUUUCUGGACUCAAAAAAACCUCCGCCAGAUCCUCAACUCUCCCCCAGCGAAAAGGAGACUCAAUCGCGUAGGGACGAGAGAAGGGGAAAAAAGGAGAUUAGGGAUCCUGACACACGCACGGACAGGUCCUCUCCUGCACUGCCAGACCAGGGAAGAGAUGUGCUGAUCUUUUUAGACUCCAUUUUUAGGAAAAUUAAGGAGAAAAGCAGUUGCUUUCCAAUCUAGGGAUCUGCUGGCUCUAAUUCUUGAAACCCCCCCAAAGCCUGGAUCUUUGGAUCUUUCUUUCUGCAGGAAUUCUAUUUCUCAAGUUCGGCAUUCUUCUUUCUUUCUUUUCCUCUUUUCUCUUUUCUCUGUCCCCGUCUCUCCAUUCGACGUUUUGCUUUAUGAGAAGAGAAAUUGGCGUGGGAACAAGAUUUGGCCCCUAGAUUUUUUUAGAGAACCCUCUUUUUGUGGUUGUUGCUGCUGAGAUCUUUUCUGGCUCAUCAUGGCGUUUGGCGAAAUCCUGGAGCAAAUUGGUGGCAUGGGACGUUUCCAAAUGAUUCACACGAUGCUGCUCACCAUUCCGGUCUUGUUCAUGGCUAGUCAUAACCUUCUCCAGAACUUCACGGCCGCUAUCCCAGGACAUCAUUGCCAGGUGCGCCUCAGUCCCAAUAGCAGUGAGCACCCCAAUGUCACUCAUCCGCUAGGCGCUGGCCAGCUUCUCAGGGUCAGCAUCCCCCUGGAUAGCAAGCAAAGGUUGGAAAAAUGCCGACGCUUCACGGAUGCUCAGUGGUAUCUCCUCAACGCGAGUGUCACCAGGGAGAACCAGACGGAGACGGAGUCGUGCGCCGACGGAUGGUUUUAUGACCGAACUCAGUUUACGUCCACCAUCGUCAGCGAGUGGGACCUGGUGUGUGACCAGCGGAAACUUCGGGAGAUGGCGCAGUCUGUUUACAUGGCGGGGGUACUGAUCGGUGCACUGGUGUUAGGCGGGCUGGCGGACAGGUUUGGCCGCCGAGCGCUCACAAUCUGGUCCUUCUUCCAAAUGGCGGUGACGGGGGUCUGCACAGCUUUCUCCCCCAAUUACGUCUCCUAUUGUGUCUUCCGCUUCCUGACCGGCAUGGCGCUCUCCGGAUUCGGCCUCAGCAUUGCCUGUUUGAUUGUGGAGUGGAUUCCCACCCAGUACCGGACGAUCACCAUUGCCCUCACCGGGUUGGCUUAUACUUUGGGGCAAAUCGUUCUUGCGGGCUUGGCCUACGCCAUCCGGGACUGGCGCUGGUUGCAAGUGGCUGUUUCGGCUCCUUAUCUUGUCUUUCUGCUUUAUUCCUGGUGGUACGCUGAAUCGGCUCGCUGGCUGGUCCAGUCAGGCCAGGCCAGUAAGGCUGUUGGUGUUCUCCAGAGAGUGGCCAGGAUCAACAACAAGCAGGAAGUGGGUGCAAAAAUCACCACAGAGGUUCUGCUUUCCAGUAUGGAGAAGGAAUUGUCUUCGUGUAAAUCCUCAUACACCAUUUCUGACUUGGUGCGCACGCCGGCCAUCCGUCGCAUCUUCUUCUGCCUCUCCAUGGUGUGGUUCUCGGUCAGCUUCUCCUAUUACGGGCUGGUCAUGGACCUCCAGAAUUUUGGGGUCAGCAUUUACCUCAUCCAGGUAAUUUUUGGAGCGGUGGAUUUUCCCGCCAAAUUGGUCGUCACCAUCACCAUGAGCUACAUUGGACGGAGGGUCAGCCUCACUGCCUUCCUGGUGACCGCCGGCACCAUCAUCAUCACCAACUUAUUUGUGCCCUUUGAAAUGCAGACUCUCCGGACAGCGCUGGCGGUCAUCGGCAAAGGCUGCCUCUCGGCGGCUUUCAACUGUGUGUUCCUCUUUACGACCGAACUCUACCCGACCCCCAUAAGACAGACCGGGCUGGGUUUUGGCAGCACGAUGGCCCGAGUCGGGGGCAUGGUCUCCCCACUGACCAACAUGCUACAGGAUUACUACCCCUUUCUUCCCCCCAUUGUGUACGGAGCCUUCCCCAUCUCAGCUGGAAUCAUCGCUUGCCUUCUGCCGGAGACGCUGAACGUACCCUUGCCAGACACGAUAGAAGACGUGGAGAACAGAUGCAGAAAGACGAAAAAGAAGAAUGAAGAAGAGAUUGCUCAGGAGAAAAUCCUGCUUCAGAGACAGGAAAAAGUUCUGUUCAAAGAGACUUGCUGAGCUGGCUUACCAUUUGAUUCUGGAAAUAAAGUUCUUAGAGCUCAUUUUUGGAUCUGCAUUUAGCCAAGAUGGAAGAUGUGGUGUUUCUGGACGUGUUUUAGUUCUUUUCCCCCUUGUUUUUGUAUUCUACUAGGCCCCUUAGUCAAGGGGAGUGGGGGGGUCUCUGAGCUAAGCCAGCCUCACUGGGAGGAUUCAGUGUUGUGAUCAUAAAGAUGUGGAGGGUCUUCUGAACAUGUGCAGAGUGUAUUUUCAAAAACGACUCUGGAAUUGUCAGGGAUUUCUUCCUUUAGACAGGCGCUCCAAGCCACACCAUUAUUUUCUGCCAAUCUGUAAUUCUUACCCUUUUUUUCUUCUUCUUUUUUGGAGGGUCUUCCCAAGUCACAAGUUUAGAAGUUUUUCCUGCUCUUGUUAUAAAAGUGGUUUAUUUUUUUUAUUUUUUUUUUGCAAUUUUGAGUUUUGCCUUCAGGAGCAACUUUUGAUAAUUUCAUGGAGGUAUUUUGGAGGUAGUUUAGCUAAUUGUUUUCUUGGAUUUUUUUUUUUUUAAAAAAACUUCCCAGAUGAGUCCUUCGUGAUCAUCCAUUCACAAUUUAACCAAGUUUAGCUCUGCUUGGCUUUUGCAAAACACGAAUGCUUUCAGGCAGCAAAUGCUAGUUAAUUGUUCAGGACCAGUUAUGGGACAUAUCUGGUGAUGUCAACCAUAAAUAAACUUACAUCUGUUGCUAGUUUGCCAUCAUAGCUUCUAGGCUGCUAAGGGGAAGAAGGGGGGGGUCUCCAUCUUUUAAAUAUGGCUGGGAUAUACCAAGAAGGCAUCGAUCGGUCAUUUGUCCUUGUGGAAAUUUUUGCCUCUUUUGGCAAGCAGAAAAGUUAAUAAGUUGUUCUUUUGUCUGGUCUGGAAAAAUAAGGAGAAUAAAGUCCAUGGUUCAAAUCACA